AGAUUCGGUGCAUCCCAAACCAUAUGCCUUUUUGUUUCUCCAAUACACUUGGCGAUGCGCUGUACGAUCAUCGUGUUAGGUGUGAAUUUGGACCGUUCGCCGAGACGUUAGACUUCACUUUAUACUCGAUUCCUGAGCGCACAUCCUCUGAGACCAGACACACAAUCACCCCGGUGCUUUCACGCCCAUACAAGUCAUUCUUCAGUCAUGCGGACCUUCACUCUACAGAUAUUAUCAUUAGUCAAGGUAGAUUGUCCAGGGUAGUGGAUUGGGAGUGUGCUGGGUACUUUCCUGAGUAUUGGGAGUUUACGAAAGCAAUAUCUGGGCAAAAUCAACAACGAGGCUUUGGAGAUUAUGCGCGACGCAUUCGAUGAAGACUACGCGGAUGAGCUGAAUAUGGAGCGGACCCUUUGGAGGGAGUCUCCAUUUGAUAUAUAGGAAUCGGAAAAGUCUCUUUUUCUCCGCUGUUCGAAG